CAAUUCCAAAACGAACCGCCAUUUAUGUUGCAUCCAGGAAACCGAAGAAAAAUCUGAUCUGAGUGAUCUAUGAAGUUCAAACGACUCUCGUGCAAUUAAUAGACAAUUGUUUUAUAAAUACAAAACCUAUCUGACACCCUAAAACAUCGGAAAACCAUGUCUCAGUUCAAUUUUGUAAGCGAUUUGCAGAAUGCCUUGAUCAUGGAUGGGGAGACGCGCGGACCUCCGCCCCGGUGGAAGAAGAAGCUGGAGGCGUCUCUUAAUGGAAGUGCCAGUACCACCCGAUCGGUUCUGUCCGUCUCGUAUAAUACCAGCUUCUCGGGGGUCCAGGCGCCCGCGAAGACACCUGGAAAAAGCAGCGAGGGCAAGGCCAAGAAGUCCACAACCACGCCGACCAAGACUCCUGGCGGCGGAGAUCGCUUCAUCCCAAACCGGGCGGCCACCAACUUUGAGUUGGCGCACUUUCUGGUAAACAAGGAGUCUGACGAGGAGAACGAAAAGGCAACCUCAAGUAACAGCAACGAGAGCAAUGUCCAGGCUUCUGCUCACAAGGGCGAGCGGCAAAAACUCAUCUCCGAGGUGGCCCAGAUAGGCGAUUCCAAAGGUGGCCGCAUUUUGUGCUACCAAAAUAAGGCUCCAGCUGCUCCGGAAACGCACACUAAUCCUCUGAAGGUGGUGUACUCCAUUAAAACGCCCAUAUCGACGAAGAGUGGCUCACGCUAUAUACCCACCACAUCCGAGAGAAUUCUGGAUGCUCCUGAUUUUAUCAACGAUUACUAUCUCAAUCUUAUGGACUGGAGUGCUGACAACAUCGUGGCCGUCGCCUUGGGCAGUUGCGUCUAUUUGUGGAAUGCUCAGACUGGAAACAUCGAGCAGCUCGCGGAAUUUGAGGAGGGCGACUAUGCAGGGUCUCUGUCGUGGAUCCAAGAGGGUCAGAUCCUGGCCAUCGGUAACAGCACCGGUGCCGUGGAGCUGUGGGACUGCUCCAAGGUGAAGAGACUGCGAGUGAUGGAUGGUCACAGCGCCCGAGUGGGGUCCCUGGCCUGGAAUUCGUUCUUGGUGUCUUCUGGCAGUCGGGACGGCACCAUUGUCCACCACGACGUGCGUUCGCGGGAGCACAAGCUGUCGUCCUUGGCCGGUCACACGCAGGAGGUUUGCGGCCUGAAGUGGUCCACGGAUUUCAAGUAUCUGGCUAGCGGAGGCAAUGACAAUCUGGUGAAUGUGUGGUCUGCGGCCAGCAGUGGAGUGGGAACUGCCAGUGAUCCUCUGCACAAAUUCAGCGAUCAUCAGGCAGCAGUGCGUGCUUUGGCCUGGUGUCCCUGGCAACCGAGCACUUUGGCCUCUGGCGGUGGCACCGCCGAUCGCUGCAUCAAGUUCUGGAAUGUGAACAACGGCACCCUGAUGAAAUCGGUGGACUCCAAGUCACAGGUCUGCUCGCUGCUGUUCUCGCGGCACUACAGGGAACUUAUCUCCGCCCAUGGAUUUGCCAACAAUCAACUGACAAUUUGGAAGUAUCCAACCAUGGUGAAGCAAGCCGAUUUGACUGGGCAUACAUCACGUGUCCUGCAGAUGGCCAUGUCCCCGGAUGGCAGCACCGUAAUCAGUGCUGGAGCCGACGAAACCCUGCGCCUGUGGAACUGUUUUGCCCCCGAUCCUUUGGCGGCCAAAAAAUCUGUUUCGAACAGCAAGGCCAAACAGAGCGUCUUCCGGCAGAGCAUCCGUUAAAGAGGAUUUAUCCGACUAGAACUGUUUAGCCCUUUAUUAAAUUAAGAAGUUAUGUUUCACGGGCGGAGCUGUUUUCCCCCGUCCUUUCCAGACUAGACAAUUAUAUUUUGAAUGCUUUGCCUUUUUAUUAGUUCCCGUUCCAUGUUUCGUAAUCUUGUAUUUAUGGAUAGUUCUUUCAAUAUGUGCCCCCACCGACGAUAUAUGGAUAAUACAAUUUUGUCAAUUACUUUUAUUUCUUAGAGUUAAGUUUGUGUGCGUAUAAAUAAAAUGCUUGACAUUCUGCA